CAUCGUUAUCUUUAAUAUCAACAUCAUCAUCGACAUCAACAUCAUCAACGUCUGGUGCCCUUUUUCACCAUCAUCAUCAUCAUCAUAAUCAUCAUUAUUCACAUUAUCAAGGCUCCUCUUCAUCCAGUCAAUUGCUCAAGUCAAGGGCCAAGAUGAUGACAAGAGCUAUAGUUCCAAUAUCAUCAGUGACCUUAUUAUUAUUAUUAUCAUUAUUAUCUUCUAUAAAAAAUUUACUUUUAAAUCAUCAUCAUAAUAAUAAUCAUCGUUAUCGUUAUACAUCAUUAUUAUUACAAAUUAUUAUUAUAUUUAAUUUAUUUAUAAAUUUUGGUGCUCAAGCAAACAAUAAUAAUAAUAAUAAUGAUAAAGAAAUUAGUGAACAUGAGCCUGAAAAUAAAUCGGACGCCUAUAGUGAUGCCGGUAGUAAUAUAACAAAAAUUUUGGAUGCCUUUUUCGAUAGUGGCUAUGAUAAACGUGUACGACCAGAAUAUGGAGGUCCACCCGUACAAGUUGGUGUAUCGAUGCAUAUUAUUGGUAUUAGUUCAGUUUCUGAAGUACAAAUGGAUUUUACAUCAGAUUUUUAUUUUCGUCAAUUAUGGAAAGAUAAUCGUUUAGCAUUUACGCCUGUUGGCGAAAUCGAUAAAUUGGUUGUUGGUGCUGAAGUUGCACAAAAAAUUUGGGUACCGGAUACAUUUUUUGCCAAUGAAAAAGUUGCAUCAUUUCAUAGUGCAACAACGCCUAAUACAUUUUUACGUAUAUCGUCCAGUGGUGAAGUUUAUAGAAGUAUACGAUUAACUGUGACUGCUAGCUGUCCAAUGAAUUUACAAUAUUUUCCAAUGGAUAGUCAACUAUGUACAAUUGAAAUUGAAAGCUAUGGAUAUUCAAUGGCCGAUAUUGUUUAUAUUUGGUCAAAAGGAAAAGAAUCGAUUGGCAUGUCGAAAGGAUUAGAAUUGCCUCAAUUUAAAGUAGUUGGCUAUAGACAAUCAAUGAAAAUUGAAACAUUAAGCACAGGAAACUAUUCACGUUUAGUUUGUGAAAUUCAAUUUGAACGAUCAAUGGGAUACUACCUCAUCCAAAUUUAUAUCCCUGCAUCAUUGAUUGUUAUUAUAUCUUGGGUUUCAUUUUGGUUACAUCGUAAUGCAACACCAGCACGUGUAGCAUUAGGUGUUACCACUGUGCUUACAAUGACAACUUUGAUGUCAUCGACAAAUGCAGCACUGCCUAAAAUAUCCUAUAUUAAGUCGAUCGAUGUCUUCCUUGGUACUUGUUUCGUAAUGGUUUUUGCCUCAUUAUUGGAAUAUGCUACCGUUGGUUACCUUGGUAAACGUAUUGCAAUGCGUAAAACACGUUCACAACAAUUGGCUAAACUUGCUCAAGAACAUCGUAAUAGAUGUGCUGCUGCAGCAGCAGCUGCUGCGGCAGCUGCUACCUGUACUAAUACACGUAGCGGUAGUAUUAAUCUAAAUAUGUCUGGUCCUGGUGCCAGUGUUAUGUCGAAUCAAGGAAAUUUAUCCAGCCAAAAUCAAUUAGAUGAUGAUGGUAAUGAAUUAAACGAACUCAACAUACCACCACCAAUGCCUAUAUCAACUGGACAUGGAUUAUUAUGUCAAUCUGAUCCAAAUUCAACAUUACAUCGAUCAGUAAAGCCAAUACCGAUACAUCAAACAAUAGAUAGAUUAGAUCGUUAUGCAACGAUUGGAACGCCUCGUAUUGUUCAUCAUCCAUCCAUGAAUUGUCCACCCACAUGUCCACAAGCAUACGGACGUCAAGAUAUGCGUCUAAAUAGAGCGACACCAAUUUUAACUGGUGGUACCGAAUGUUCAGCAAGAAAAAGUUUUUCCGUCAAAUCAUCAUAUUCUGCUCAUAUUCCUCCUGAUAGUCCAAUCAAUGGAACGCCAAGUUUAACAAUAUCGGCACCAUGUACAGCAAUGGUACAACCACCACAACCAACAUUAUCGCAUUCAAUUCCUGCCUCAUCAACUGGAUUAUUAGGUCCACAUUGUAGCCAAACAAGCUCAUCAUCGCCAACAAUUAACUUACAUAAACGACAUCAACAUACAAAUGAAUCAACAAUAGGUCCAGAUGGUGAUAAUAUAAGUAUGAGUGGUCAACAACAACAACAACAACAACAACAACAAUCAAGUGGAUUUUUUGGACCAAAAAAUCCAAAUAAAUUAUUUGGUGUUAGUCCAAGUGAUAUUGAUAAAUAUUCACGUGUAGUGUUUCCUGUUUGUUUUGUUUGUUUUAAUUUAAUGUAUUGGGUUAUUUAUUUACACAUUUCAAGCCAAAUGAUUGAAGAUUUAAUACCUGCAAAUUAAUUUAUUAUUAUUAUUAUUAUUAUUGAAUCAUUGAUGAUCAAAAAAACA